UAAUGUCGUAAAAAAAAUGCUUUUUCAUCAAAAAAAAUUCAAUAAGUAACAGGGCGCGAUAAGUUUGUUUUAUAUUCAAAGGUGACUUUUGCAUAGUAGUAAGUAUAAAAAAAAUAUAGUUGAAAAUAUAAUAUGAGAUGGGAUUUUUUUUUUCGAAUAAUGAUCUUUGUUUUCUUGCAUUUCUUUGUAGGCUAAGUUUUGAACACUUAUUUCCACAGCGGAAUUGUGUGAAUGAGAAUUUGCAGUGUCUCUUUUCUGUGCUUCAUAGAAAUAAUAAUCACAGACUAAUAAAAGCAUGCUUUCCUCAGGUUUCGCAAAAAUACAGUAUUAAGACUGAGUACUACUUGCAGUCAAGCCGCUUUCUUACGAAAAAGAAAAAACAUACUAUUUAGGAGAUAUGGUGUUAAGCUAGCUGUUUCGUUUAUGACACAUUUUUUUACUGAAGGUUUCAAUAAGCAAAAUUAAAUAAACUAGUCGUUAGCCCGUGGAAAAAUCCACGGGUUCGCCCGUCGCUAAGCUACAAUUUUGCGUGACAGACAGACGGACGGACGGACGGACAGACACACGUAUACGGGCAUUAUAAUAUAGAUAAAACGAAUUUGUUAUAUGUUUUUUUCUCUAAUUUGAUGUUAUUGUAAUUCUAACGAUGAUUAUACAAUGUGAAAGAACGUGCAGAGAAAAAAAACCGGGUCAAAUGCGCUAAGUGACGGAAAAAUUGGAUAGUCAAAGGUUAUUUUAAAGUUUACCGUGCUUUUAAAGAAUGUCCAAAAGAAUGAAUAAAAAUACAACGACUAAUGCAUUCAAAGGAAAAUUCCUUUUGCUUAAUGUUAAAAGGUCAUUGCAUAUGAUUGAAGUGGAUGACAUAAGGUAUAAACUUUCUAUUUAAGCAAGUAACGUAUAUUGAAGAGAGCAUAGAAGAUCUUACUUCACUAACCUUAAAAAGAUCAAACGCUUUCUAUGGCAAAAAUUUGAGUCAAUACAGAGUUUUAGAAGACAAACAAAAUUAGUUUGCCAAAGGGAAAGAUGAUAUAAAGUAUAAACUUUUUAAUUUAAGGAAAAAGUAACGUAUAUUGAAGAGAGUAUAGAAGAUCUUACACUAUGGUGCAAAGCCGAAACAGAAGAACACACAGACCUCGAAAUGGUGGCUUCAGACGAAGAAACUACAUGCACAACAAAUCCAUGCAACAAAAUGCAGAAAAUGAGAAAAAUAAAAUCGACAAUCAUAACUGGAACGUUGACACCUCUAUAGCUGACAAUCAAAUACGAGAUUUGUUCACCAAACAAUCAUACUUUUCUUCACACUAUAAUGCUCAAAACGAACUUCCUCACCGAUAUUUUGCUUGUCUGCACGUCCUCUUAAAAAAUCGUGUCGAGAUAUUAGAAAAUUCAAAGUCAUUGUCAUUGGCUGCAGCAUGGGCUCGGAAAGAUUAUACAAUGGCAGAGUACUUGCUGAAAGUUCCUGAUGAAAAAUUUGGUAUUAAGGAAGUAUUGAGAGCGGUGACCAUAUUGGAUUCUGCGCGAAACAAAAGAGCACAGGAAAGAUUACUAAAACGUUUAGGAUCACAAAAUUGCAAAAAGAGGGGAAAAUUGAUGAUGUUGAAGUCUCUUAUUGGAUCAAUCAAAGCUGACAUUCCAAUGGCUGGCUCAUUAAGUGGAGCAUUAAUCAAACAUAUCAAAUUAUGGGUACGCACGAUUCCUGUCGAACGAUUAGAAUUCUACGCCAUGCAUUUUCCCUCGGAACCAUGGAAGAAACUAGCAAAUGUAUGCCACUUGAAUCCCAAGAAAGAUUUUCCACAGUGCACGUGGUUUCUGCCAUUUUGUUUUGAAAAGACUACAUUGCCAGAAACAAUCUUGCUUUCGGGAAUAGGUAAUUUGAACAGCGAAAAUAUUAAUGAGGUUAUAAUGAGGACAGAUAUUGACUACACGAUUGCAAGAAAAUGGGUGGGUUAUUUAACAAAUGAAGCGAAAAAAAGAAUUGCAAGUUACAGUAAAAUCGAUACAGUACUAUGGUACUUUGAAGAGCUACAAUGUGAUUUGGUGGAGAAGGUGUUGUACGAGCGCUUACUAAGUAACGAAGAAAUCAAAUUGUCGUAUGGAAAGUUAGUCGAGAGAAUCAUUCACUUCAAAGAUUACAUCUGGGAUAAUUCUGACUAUAAUAUUGUAAAACUACUGACAGUACAGGCUGAUAAAAGGUUACAGAGUAUGGAAUUCGAAAUGGACUUCCCUGUGGUAGUGAUAGGGGACAAAUCAGGUUCGAUGGAGGUCGCUAUUCGCACUAGUACAAUCAUUGCUAGCUUAGUGGCUGCAGCUACAAACGCUGAUCUAGUAUUUUUUGAUAACAAGAACGUGACUCCUUCAUUUAUACCGAAAAAUGUAGCAGACGUUCUGCGUUUAUGUGACGAGAUCAAAGCUGAGGGAGUAACCAUCCCUGCUGCAAGUCUCUAUCCGUACUAUGAAGAGAAAAAAGUCGUAAAGACGUUUGUUGUCGUCACUGAUGAAGAAGAAACAGGAGUCUGUCAUGGCGAUAGGUUCGCACACUUAUUCAAAAAAUAUUAUGAAGAAGUUUAUCCAGCACGCUUGGUAUUUAUUUCAUUCCUGGAACAAUCCGAAUGGGGAGAAAUGAUCACCAUGUUAAAAGAACAUGCACCAGAUAUAUCACCAAUGCAAUUCCGGUUCAACAUAAAUUGUCCCGAUUUGACAAAACUGGAUAACGUAUUUGGUUUAUUAUCAAGCAAAAGCGAAGGCUUUUCGAAACAAGUUAGCAACGCAGAAAAUUUGUUUCGACAGAAGGAUAUAACGAAAGCUGUGGAAAGGUUAAAAAUAUAAUUUUUAUAUAUGUAGUUAAAACGCCUAUCUUUUUUAAUUAUUUGGAAAUAAUUUCUUCUGCUGAGUAAAUGUAUUUUAUGCGUUAUAUUAUAUAAGGUAUCUUGAUUUUACUUCGCAA